CAAAAGAUCAGCCUGACAAGCUCGGCCUGACAAGUUCGACUCGCCACUCUUCACUAUUUGUGAAGAAGCUACCCCCACUUUCAGAGCCGAGCUGCUUAUUAUUCUUGUGCCAGGCUUUAGGAUUGGCGGCUGCUGUAAGACUUAGACGGGUCUAAGUAGGCUGUUUUUUGGCUGGGUCUUUCAGUCCAGUCGCCAUUCUUCCUGCAUUGCGCCUGCGCUGUACGCCAUAUGAUCGUGCUCCAUUAUUACAUUCGGAGGCUGAAGCAGUUUUUGCUGCAGCACGGGCUCUGCUAAGCAGCCCUUUUUGCCUCAGCACGGAGGUUGACGCCAAUCUCCUACCGCACUGAAGCAGGCGAACGAGAUCUGAAGCAUAAUUCUGUUCCCUCCGCCACGUCAUUCAAGCACCAUCAGCAGGAUUGAAGGGCUAGAGCACCAUCAGAGCAGCAUUAGGAGGGUUGAAGGGCUAAUAGAGCACCAUCAGUCUCGUUUGAUCGUAGGAUGGGACCUUCCAGAAGCGUUGAGCUGACUCAUAUCAAGCGGUCUUGACGUUUCAGAAUCGAGUGGGCUAGUUAUUCAAUAAUCGUUUUGAAGCGCGCACUGAUAGGCUUUCACCCUUCCGCGUGCCAUCAUGGCCAUGCGCUUGCUGCUCCAGCACGCCACCCCCCUUGCGCCGUUUCCUCUUGCGCCAGCGCACGCCACGCGCGCGCGGAGAACCAUCGGCGCAAGCAGCCUACUCGCGCAGGGAAGAGCUCCGCGCGCCGAUGCGCGAAGCCUCAGAAGCAGCGGAUCAUCUGUGUUCGGCGUUCCCCGCGCGCUUGGUUGCGCCAGGAGCAUUUCUGAGGCGCCUGAAAAUAGGCGCAAUGCGACCCCUGCAAGCAAAGCCAGAGGGCCAGCGCGCGGAAGCGGAGUGGCGGAACGAGGCGGAGACUGGAAAAGGCCGGGGGGAAGGAACGAGAAAGCAUCGGGUGACUUUGGCUGCGAUGCCGUCCUCCCUCCGACCUCUGGUUCUAGCAGCAGCGCUGGUGGCAGCAUCAGCAGCAGCGCUGCUAGGAUGGAGCCCUCUUCGCCCCACUGCCUGUCUGCCUCCGCCUGCUGCCGCUUCUGCUGUUCAGAUCCCUCUAGGCGCGCCUGAGGCCAAGCCUCUCGGUCGGCUGUCCAAGCGAGCCCGCCUGCUGUACUGGCUGGACAACCUCUUCGCCACUGAGCCCAACAGCAAGGCCCUCACGCUGCUGGCCAUCUGCAUGCUGCUGACUGCGGUGGGAGGGCUGCUCUACAAGGCAGCAGCGGUGGCGUCCAAUGACGACUUGCCACUGGGCGAGUCCGUAUGGGUGUCAUGGACGUUCGUCUCGAACCCCAGCGAGCACGUCAAUGAGGCUACUGGUCCCAAACGUGUGGUGAGCGCAGUGGUAUCAGUUGGCGGAAUGCUCUUCUUUGCGUUGCUGGUGGGUCUGGCAACGGACCUGGUGGCCAGCAAGGUGGAUCAGCUGGAGCAGGGCAACGGGGCCGUCAUAGAGAGCAACCACACACUCGUGUGCGGUUGGACCCCCAAGACCAUUCCCUUGGUGCGAGCGCUGGUGGAGGCAGGGGAGCGGCCGUCAGUGGUGGUGCUGGCGGACAGGGAGACCCAGGAGAUGGACGGCGAGCUUCUGGAGGCUGUGCCGGUCGAAGAGAGAGGAGGGAUGCGGGUCAUGACUCGCCACGGCGACCCCCUCAAAGCAGCGGAUCUCAACCGCUGCUCUGCCUCCCAGGCAGCCUCCAUUGUCAUCCUCUCGCCCCAGCUGCCCUCUCGCCACCAGGCUGAUGCUCAGGUGCUGCAAACCGCCAUGGCACUGGCAGUGCUUCCUGAAAUCCAGGGUGACGUGGUUGCUGAGCUGGCAUGCCCCGAGAACACCAUGCUGCUGGGGCAGCUGCACGCGAGCCUGAUGAAGCGGCUGGAUAGAGCCAGGCAGCAGCACAUGGUCGGGUCAUCGCCAUCAUCAGACCCGUCUCGCAUCGUCACACACGCCGGCUCAGCAGCUACUGCCAUCGCCUCUUCGUCAUCUCCCUCCACUACCACUACCAGCGCCACCACCACUGCUGCCACUGCCACCACUACUACCACAGCCAAAAUAAACCCCUCAACAAUCACCCCUGACGGUACUGCAGCUGCCUCAGCACUACCUUCCACCACCAACCGCUCUCCUGCCGUCCCCGCUGCGCCGGCCAGUCGAGCCAGGGCCGGCUCGCGUGCGGCGGUGAGGCGGCGCAAGCUGGUGCCGGUGGAGACGGGCGGCAUGGCUCUGCGGCGGCUGGUGGACCUGGCGCUACAGCCGGCCGGCUCUGCUGUAGCUGCUGAGAUGCUAAGUUUCAAGGGAGCUGAGUUUCAUUUUAAGGAAUGGAGGGAGCUGGAGGGACGGACCUUUGCCGAGGCAAUGUUUCUGUUUGAGGAUGCUGUGCCGUGCGGCGUGCAGCAGAUGGUUGGCACGGAGGACGAGAGGACGCUCAUCAACCCCCCUGGGGACACUGUGAUUGAGCCUGGGGACCGCCUCCUGGUCAUCGCUGAGUCAGCAGACAGCUACGCGCCACGUAAGCCGACAGCUGAGUCAGCAAAGGAGCGCGAGCUGGUGGAGAAGCGUAUGGCGUCCUUUGCGACGCCGUGGCACUACGACAGCCUGCCACGUGGCAACGUGCGGCGCCGCCACAACGUGCUCAUCGCGGGCGAGUGGAGGGAUGACGUGGCAGAGGCCCUCCUGCUGCUCGGUGCCAAGCUGGCCCCCCGCAGUCAGGUGGCAGUGAUGGUCGACUCCCCUUCCCUCUCCGCAGCACAGCAGCGGCUCAACCCCUUCAUGAAGCCAGGCGGCCUCAACCUCAACCUUUCCCUCUAUCACGGCCAUCUGGGCUCCAUGGCAGACCUAGAAAAGGUCCCUCUAGAAGCCUUCGACACAGUAAUCGUCCUCGCCCCUCGCAACCAGCACCCCUCUCCGCCCGACCAGCAGCAGCAGCAGAGGCGGGACGACGAGGGGACAGACCGAGGAGACAGUUACAGCAGCAGCAGCAGCAGCGGUAGUAGUAGUGAUGGGGGUGAUGGGGUGCUGAUGCCGUCCGCCUCAGUGACUGCCAUGAUGAUCCGAACGAUUCAGAAGGAGCGAGGGCAGGCGAGUGCCACUUUGCUGGCUGAGAGUGACACGGCGGUGGAGGGGAGGGGGGAGGGAGGGGAGGAGGGGGAGGGGCAUGGGGAGAGUGAGAGCGGGGUGCGGCCGGCGGCGGUGGUGGAGGGGGGUAUGCUGGAUGAGGUGCAGCAGAAGUGGCUGAAUGCCAGUGUGGAUACCAAUGUGGUGCAUGCCCGCAUUCUGGCCCACACUGCCAUGGACCCAGAUGUCGGCGGCGUAUUGGACGAGAUCGUGAGUGGGUCGGGCUCGUCACUCUCCUUGGAGGAUGCCACUUCCUUCCUUGUGGACGGCGAAGCACUCUCCUUCUUCGAUCUCCAGAGCCGAGUUCUGCGUCGCCGCAAGCUGAUGAUAGCAUAUAAUUGUGCUAAUAACGGAGGCAAGUGGCAGCUGAAUCCCCAAGAUAAGAACACACCUCUAAUGUGGCGAACAGGCGACCGCCUUGUGGUGCUUUCUUGAAUUUGUGUGCUCGGACGGGUGAAAGGAUGAUAGAUGGUCGUUAAUAUUUCAUAAUUUCAUAUUUCAUAAUAAGUUGUACGUUAUCUCCAUACUGUGCAUUGUAUCCACAUCCCUAGUGUGGAAUGUAUGAAUUCCGCUUGAUAU